CCAGCGCCGGUCAUCUGCAAAUGGAGCAUAGUGAAUAGUGCAAGCUACUCCAGACUAUCCCGGUCCUCGGGCUCGUUUUAAUUCUCUUUUAAAUGUAGUUUACAUAAUUCCCGUUUCCACAUAAGCACGUCGAGAAACAUUGAAGAGACAGCAGCAGCGAACAUUAUCCGACGAAUCUAGGCAACGCCGGGUGGUGUAUGGUUUGACCAUAGGAAGUACGAGUACGGAACAAAAUGGCGUGUUCUAUGUUAUCCGAGGCCAAGAAGGAAAUCAAAAGAAAACAAGCGGAGCUGUACAAAUAUUACGAGAGUACGGAGGAUUGUUUAAACUUUAUGGAUGACAAGGUUCGUGCCCUUUUGGAACAGGACAUCGGAGAUCUCAAAACCAAAAUCGCUUUCCACAAACGGAAUCUAAAGAAGGAAGAAUACACUGUGCUCGUGGCAGGUGAGAGAUGUUUGGAAAAGAGAAACUUACUAAAUCUGAUCAUCGAAGAAGAACUUUUUCCUCCUUUCGUAGUCAGCACCUCGUCCACUAUCCUCGAACUAAAAUAUGGAACUGCACCCAGGCUUGUAGCGCACAAACAUUCUGGAGCAGAAGUUGUCUCGGUAACUCUCUUAGAGAGUGAGUCACUUGAGACUCUGCAACGAAGCUGUUUGCAACAGCUCCUCUCCACUAUUUUCGGAGAUGUCGGUGAAGAGAGUUCGAAGGAUCUACUUUACGACAAGAUCGAACUAAUUUUGCCCCAACUGAAGGAAGGGGUUGUUAUAGUUGACAUCGUGGGCACUUAUGAAUCCCCCUCCAUAAAUGACAAGGCAAAGGCAUACCUUUUGGAGGCCUCCGCAUUCAUCUGCAUCAUCAAUGGUAUAAAUGGCGAGGGAAUACAUCGAGACAAGGUAGAAAAAUACGUGGAGCACACCGAACAGGUCAUUGUAUUUCUGGACCAACAAAUGAAAUCGUUGCCAACUUGUCCUCUUCUGGUUUUAAGUAAAUGGGAUCAAGUACUGCCACACGAGGCUGAUAAGAUUAAGAGUUGCAUCGUCAAGCAUCUCACAGAGCGCUGGCCCAGUGAGGACCCAAAGUCACAAAUCGUUUGCAUUUCAUCAAGUAGUAACAGCAACGCCCAGAUCCCUAGAGAAGCUUCUGAUGAUGUUACGUCCGCUUCACUGAUGAAUGAUAUUUCUUCCAUGGUUUUGAAAAGCAUUGAAAUAAACUUAGAGAAGCAAUGGAGAUGGCUUUACCACCUUCUUUCACGUCUGGUCUAUCGCACUAAAGCAGAAUUAUUAAAGGUGAAGAAGGCUGUGACUGAAAUGGAUCGUCUUAACGAAAGUCAGCAGUGUGCAGUAGACAAAGAGCUGCAGGAGUGUCUAAAUAACACGACAGUCAAAGAUGUGGCUGCCCGGGAAUUGUCCAAACUUCUUAACUCACCAGAACUUCUACAAUACUUUACUUCGUGGUCAUUAGACAAUGUUCCAGACGUCGGGGGUGAUUGGGCGGUGACAGAGGUAAACAUUCAAACUGCAUUAGCGAAACGACUUCAGGAGAAGAUCGAGGAAUGGGAGAAACAAACCCAUGUUUUCUCAGAAUCUCGCACUUUACUGACACAGAACUUGCUCCAGUAUUUCAGCUGCGUCGAGAAAAAGAGUAAAGUUGUGCAGAGCUCCCCUAAAGCAGAUAGUGGAGCCAACUCAUCAUCAAGUGGUCCACAGACUUCAAGAAGUUUCAGUUUAAGCGUGACAGAAACAGCGGUUAUGGGAGUCACAAGUCCCAUUUGGGCUCCCGUCGCCAUCGUUGCUCUUCUAGUCAGUGCUCCGGUAAUUGGAACAAUGGCCGCCAAAGAAAAGCUAGAUAAUCGGAGUAAAACAAAAGAGUACAAGAAAGACAAAUGUAAAUUCAUGGCAAAAGUCUCUCAAGAAUAUCUCACAAAGAUGGCUGACAGACAACAAGUCAUUUCCCUCGUUGAAGAACAGUUAAAAAGUGAUAAACUCUUGCUUCAGCAAAAACGAUUACUGCAAGAUGCUAAAGAUUCAUACUUGAAAACUUCAGAUUUAAGAAGGGGGAUGGCUGACUUUGGCAUCAAAGAAGUAAGUACCAUGGACAUCAGUUGUGAGGAUUUGGAAUGGAAAGACGACCGAGAAUCGUCUCUUGGAAAUGGUGCUUUUGCUACCGUUUAUCGAGGAACCUUAAAGCUGCAAGAGGAAGGGAAGUCCGUGGACGUGGCACUGAAAGUAUGGAAAAAGGCACUGAGUAGUGGCACUGCAGUAACCUUCCUUUCUGAAACAGAUACCCUAAGGAAGCUUGAUCAUCCCUUCAUUGUGAAGUUGUACGGCGCAACACUUCUUAAAGAAAAGGGUGAAUCAAGACCAAUACUUGUCAUGGAACUCUGUAAGUAGAACUUGAUGAAGCACAUUUU